CGCGCGCCGUUGCGCCUCGGAAACAAAUGAGUGCCGGUGAGGCACGUUCUUGAAGGCAGCCGUGAGGAAUUAAGGUGUUUCGGUUGUCCGCCGCGAGUUAAGCUGUCGUCUACUCUUCGCGUGCGUGCUUAAAAAUCGCUUCUUCCCCUUCCCCCUUUUUCUUCCCCUCCCCCCCAACUCCUUUCACAAACCAUCACUCCCCUCACCGCGUGGUUAAGUUGGCAAAACUGUCUCGCGCUGGGUCGCGCUGCAAGUUUUCGCCCGAGAUUGUGGUUAACGUGUCGAAGAGAAUUUUUUUUUUCGAGGGAUGAUGGAAAACAAUGCACCAAGGACUUUUGAUAUAGUGUGCGGGUGCGUGUGAUGUGUCAAAGUGUCGCGAUGGCAUCAGUAACGUAAACUACGCUUUUUUUUUGUUAUUGGUGUCGGAAUUGAAGUUGAAGUUCAGUUUCCCUGUCGCCGCAGAGAUGAACAUGGUAACAUAGAGACGCCGGCCUCUCAAGCACGUGCUGCGCAGCGCUCCUAGUCGCCGUCAGCCCGCCACGUGGUUCUGCGACUCGCCGCUCCAGGGCGCGCCACAGCCACAGGUGCCCCGGCACCGCCGCGAGACAGCCCAGAGAAGCGGAGGCGCAGCCGGCGAGGCCCGCUCAAGACACCGGCAGCUCCGUCCUCGGAGAGCCCCCAGCCCCGAGCGCCGCCCCUUCUCGCCGCCACCGCCGCCAACCUGUUCAAGAUUGCGGACGUCACGUACAACACGAUUUCGACGACGCCCCUGGAUCUGCGUGCCACGCCCUUGCCGCUGGAGCACGGCGGCAGCAGCAGCAGCAGCAACAACAACAACAGCAGCAACAGCAGCAACAACGGCGGCAUGUCGGCCGACGUGCAGCAGCAGGCGCGGCCCGUGUUCAAGAUGAACCAGGACUUCUGGCAGCAGGCGCGUGGUCCGCCGCCACCAGGAAUGCCUCCGCCGCCGCAGGUGCAACAGCAACAGCAACAGCAACAACAACAGCAACAGCACCAACAGCAACAACAGCAGCACCACCAGCAACAACAACAACAACAGCAGCAGCACCAGCAGCAACAGCAGCAACAAGCCGGGGGCAACGCCGGCCAGAUGCCGGGCGGGGGCGGAAACAACACCAACCCAGCCGUCAACAACGGAGUCAUCGCCAUCCCGGGUGCCAUGAGCGUGUCUCCGGCGCCCGACGCCAAGAUGAUGACGGAGAAGCUAGUCAACGAAAUACAGAUCUUCAUGCACAAGUCGGCGAUGCAGAUGCACGCACGCGAGGUGGCGCACCGCGCCGACGUGAAGCCGCACCAGUGCCAGCAGUGCCUCAAAUCGUUCUCGUCGAACCACCAGCUGGUGCAGCACAUCCGCGUGCACACUGGCGAGAAGCCGUACAAAUGCUCGUACUGUGACCGCCGCUUCAAGCAGCUCAGUCACGUGCAGCAACACACCCGCCUGCACACCGACGCGAGGUGCGGCCAGAGGAGACAACCUGUUUCCGUUUCGCUGCCGGGCCGUUCUAGAGAUUUCCAGAGCCCGCCGGACGCGCUAGCGAAGGAUGUCGGAACCGGACCGGAGGCCACGUGCACAGGCGAGCGGCCCUACAAGUGCCACCUCCCCGAGUGCGGCCGCGCCUUCAUCCAGCUCUCCAACCUGCAGCAGCACCUGCGCAACCACGACGCGCAGGUCGAGCGCGCCAAGAACCGGCCCUUUCACUGCAACAUCUGCGGCAAGGGCUUCGCCACCGAGUCCAGCCUGCGGACCCACACCUCCAAGGAGCUUCAGCUUCGUGUCCCUGUGUUGCAGCAACAUGCCGCACUGAUCGGCGGGCCCAACGCCACGUCAUGCCCCAUCUGCCACAAGCUCUUCCUCGGCGGCGAGGCGCUCAUGGAGCACAUGAAGCACACGCACAAAGACCCCAACGCCUCUGGGGUGGCAACCGGUCCGUAUCUAGCGAAGCGGCGCACGGCCAACCACCCUUGCCCCGUGUGCGGCAAGCACUACGUCAACGAGGGCAGUCUGCGCAAGCACUUGGCCUGCCACCCGGAGACCUCGCAGCUCACCACCUCCCUGCGCAUGUGGCCGUGCUCCGUCUGCCAGGCGGUGUUCACGCACGAGUCAGGUCUGCUGAGCCACAUGGAGCACAUGCGCAUGGACCCGAAGCACCAGUUCGCGGCGCAGUACGUGCUGAGCCGCGCCGCCGCCGAGCGCCGCGAGAGAGAGAGCCUGCUGGCGGCCGCCGUGGCCGCGUCGUCCGCCAGCGGCCUGGCCGGCCUGGGCGGCGGCGGGCCCUCGCCCAUGUGCGCCAGCCCCUCCGCGCACUCGGACAGCUCGUCGGGCGGCGGCCGGCUGUCCAGCGCCGGCUCCGAGCCGGGCGGCCUCGCCCACAACAACAACAACAACAACAACAACAACAACAAGCUGGGCGAGCUGCUGAGCGCGCGCGCCGCCGCCAGCAACGGCCUGCAGCAGCAGUACGGCGAGGAGCUGCACAGCGCGAGCCGCAUGGCCGCCAUGGCCGCCAUCGUGGGGCAGUCGUCCGGCGUGGGCAGCCCCGGGCCCGGCGGCCUGGGCGUCGACACGAGCGCCGCCGUGGCCGUGCAGGCCGCCGCCGUCAACCUGGCGGCCGCCAUGCGCAUGAACGCCUCGGGGCUGGGCGGCGGCAUCGCCUCGCCCGGCGGCCACAACGGCUCCUCGGCCACGCCCCCGGCGCCCGCCGACGGCGGCGUGUCCGCGGCGCAGGCGCAGGCGGCCAUGAACGCCGCCAUGCGCGCCGCCUCCAUGGCCGACUCGAUGCGCUCCAUGGACGUGGCGAUGCGCUCGUCCAUCGUGGUGGACUCGGCCAUGCGGCUGGACUCGAUGGGCGGCCACCACCACGGCGCGCACCAGCCGCACCAGGCGCACCACAACCACCAGCAGUCGCAGGAGGCGGCGCUGCGCAUCCACCAGGCGGAGGCGCUGCUGCGCUCGCAGGCGGAGGCGGCUCUGCGGCUGGCCGUCAGCCAGGCGGCCGCCGUCGCCGCCUCCAACAACGGUGGCGUGGUGGACAACGGCGGCGGCCUGCGCCACCACAACAUGGCCGCCGUGGCUGCCGCCCACAACGGCGGGGGCAACGGCGGGGGCGUGAUGAACCACCACCACGCGCACCACAACCAGGUGAGCCCGGACCUGAGCGAGGCGCUGCGGCUGCAGGAGCAGAGACUGGAGCAGGCGCUGCGGCUGCACGGCGGAGACCCCCGGGCCCUGGGCUUCAGCCUGUCCUCGUCCGCGGGCAGCUCGCAGAGCCAGCAGCAGAACAAUCCAUGAAGGCAGUAUUACUACUGCGACUAACAGGCUCCAGGCUGCGCGGUCUCUGUUCGUCACACUCUACUCACGUGUCACGGAUCUGGAAAUAGUACAUUUCAAUGUGUGCAUGAAUUCAAAUGUGUAUUAUAUUUAGUAAAGAGAUAUUGCGUGUGCAUUUAUAUAAAUAAAAAAUGAUAUUUAUGUAUGAGAUAAAAAUUGUAGCAAAGCUGAUUUCAGCACAAAAAUUUAUUUAUUUGCUAUAUAUACUAUUUGAAAGAAAAAAAAUUUUGACAAAUUUUAAGAGGGAGUCCUACAAUGUAAUUUAAUUUGUACUUUUGAAGAUAUGAAAGGGCAAAUGAAAACUGUUCUUUUCUGUGUGCAAAUAACAAACCUCAUGUGGUUCAGAUGUAUACAUGCCACAAUAGAAGAAAAAUAAUUUAGGGAAUAAGUAGUGUGUUGUUUUAUCAUCACUGAGUGAUGUGAAGUGAUGAAUGUUUCAUGUAAAUAAUACAGUACCGGUAAUUACACGAUGUAUGUUAUGUUUGGUGUGAUUGUGAAUGUGAUAAAGUUAACUAACCUGCUUGCUGGCUGCUAACACUAAACACUUUCUUAAAUCAAAUCAGUUCACAUUUUAGGAAACUGGACCGAAAUUAAAGAUAAUUUUUCACAACAUUUUCUGGAUGAAAAUUUUAAACUUUUCUUUUCACAACCAGAAAUGUAAUACAUGCACAGUAAAAGUGUUUUACCAUUUCUUGUGUAUCCUUUAUACAUACAAUUGUCAAUUGAAAACGAUCUAUUUGGAAAUAUUUUUUAACGAGAUGAUUUCAACCAUAAAAUAUGUUCAAAAUAUUUAUUGGCUGUGAUAAAUAUUUCAUAUAGAAUUAAGGAGCACAAAUCAUGAACUUUGUGAUUAUGUACUAGAAUGUUAAGUUUGUGAUUUAUGAUUUGUAAUUUAUAAUUCAUUUUUAAACUUCAUUAAUAUAUAUUUGUUCUUUUUACUGCCUCGUUUGUUGUUUUAAUCUUGGCAUUAUUACAUAUCAUUAUCCUACUGUAAAUUAUUUUAAUCCUGCAAUUAUUUUUAAGUUUCUGUAAUAUUUGUUUUAAAAUUUUAGUUUGUUGUGCUUACUGUAAAAUAAUAACCUAGCAACACAGCAAAUACAUAUUUGAAGCAAUAUUUUUAAGAAACUAAACUUUAUUAUUAUAUUAUCACAUGAUUUAUAGUAGGUAACUCUAUAAGCAGAUAUAGUGCUGUUGUUACUUUUUUUUUUUAAAUUGAAAGAAAAGAUGAUCUCUUCGCCAUAGUUAUAAUUGUUUUGCAUUGUUUUGAAAAUUGUUGUGUUUUUUAAAUCAUUAACAUGUGUUCAUUUUGUUAAAAUGUAUGUAUGUAUGAAUGUAAGUAUGUACGAAAGAAUGAAAGGGACAACGUUUUGUUUCAUAAUUUAAAUGAUUAUCAUAAUACUUAAACUGGAUUAUUACAACAAAAAUUGAUGCUGUGUUAAUUAUUUCGUGUCUCAAAUAAUUCCUUUAGAAAAAAAGGUAAAAGAAAAUUACCAAAUGUAAUGUAAUAAUCAUGAAUAUCAUAAGCAUGAAAAUAUAGGCAUGAUAUUUGAUUUCUGACAGAAAAAAAAUACUCCAGUUUGAGUAGAGCACACUUUUAGUAGCAAACCACGAGAGUAGAUGUACCGUAUAAGAAUCUCCAUUUGUACGUUUAGCAGUUAUGAAUAAUUAUUACGUAAACUGUCCGUUUAUUGCUCCUGUACGACACAGUUGAGUGAUUCAUGCAAUAGAAACUGAUCAAACCCCUUCACCAAUUGUACAGAACUAAUCAUAAUAUCAGCUCUACAGUCUGUCAUAGGUUCAACUUUUCUUUUAAUAACACUUGAUUUGAAAUCAGAUGCUUUGAAAAAUGCCGUCGGUUGUACAUGUGUUGUAUUGUAAAAGUAACUGUCGUUGUCUGUACAUGUAUAAAUCAAGCUACAGUAUUUAAUUCCACACUCCGUAACAUAAAAAACUAGUUUCCACAUAAAGAUUAAACUGACCAUGAAUUUUGAUUAUUAAUAGACCUAAUUAAUAUUAUGAUGUUGACAUAGGAAGCUUCGAUUGUUUCAUAAAUAUCAACAUGCAUGAAUUUUGGUAUGCAUUUUGUUGGUUGAUACUGUACAUGAAACUACAUUGCAGAAGCAAGUAAAAUAUGUAUUUCAAAACUUUGUAUCAAUAAAGGUUUUCAGGAAUGAUAACCUACAAACUAAAUUCUGAUGAAAGAAGGUUACUGCUAUGGUAUAUACAACAAUCUGUGAACAAUUAUUUGCAACAAAAUUUACUGAUGUUAUUUAUGAACAUAACCUACAAAGCGUUAUCACGAUUGAAACUUCCGCCCGUACAAAUAUUGUGUGUGUGUGUAUAUAUAUAUAUAUAUAUAUAUAUAUAUAUAUAUAUAUAUUUUAUCCCGUAGUUGUUUAUUAACAAGUAGCCAGCCUGAUUAGACUUGCCAUUUGCCUACAUUUAGGAUAUUUAACAGUUUCCUCACAAAACCACGACAGGUGGGAUGGGAAACAAUAUAGUACCAGACAGAGCUAUUAUUGUUAUUUAUAAAAUGGCAGUAGUCUUCGAUCAUCAGAAAACUGAUCAAAAUACAGACAUUGUAUGUAAGAACAAUUAUUCUUUAUUUGUUUAUAAAUGAAAAUUGUUGUUUGGAGGUUAGGAUCAGAAUACGUUUCUAAAAGAGAGUUGUAUAUUUUAAUUAAGUAAACAAAAAAAAUUAUUUACUGUGAAAAAUAUUUUUUUUCUCUUCAGGAAAAAUGUACAAAUGCUUAAAUACCUAACGAUAUAAACUUACGUUUAUAAUAAAAUAUUUGCUAACAAAAAAUCACAAAAAAAAAAACUUUUUUGUAAAUCGAAAAACGAUAAGUUAGUUAACUUUCUUUCAGAACUAUCAUAUUCUUAACCAACCUCCAGACACAUGAAAAAUUCAAAACUUUGGUCAAACAAAUAUUUGUUUAUGAUAUUAUUGUGAAGUGGUAUUAAUUUUGCGCAAUCUAAAGCACUUUCGGAUGAUUCGCUGGCAAAUAUUAAGAAAAAAAAUUUAAGAAUUUAGUUCCAGCAUCCAAAUGAAAUAUACCGAGAACACUAAUACAUUAUGAGUUACCACUCAUGUUAUGUAUUGCAAAGUGAACAUCACUCUUGCUACGGAAUAAUUUGCAAUAGACCAAAUGCAUGUGAGUUGAACACUCACAUGCACCAUAUCACAAACUUAAGAGACUAAAACAAUAGUGAUUGUUUCUUGCCAUAGCCCAAGUACAUUAUCGAUGACUCUAAUGUACCGCCACAUACACAACAAUUACCAGAGAAAAAAGUGAGUUUUAUGGAGUUUUUUCUCGCAAUAGCCCAAAAUAUGCAUCAAGUUCAAUACUUGUGUGUAUUCCACAUCAACUCACAUACUCUUUUUGUAUGUAUAACAAUAGCCACAAAUAUAUGAUAUAGAGUGCAUAUACUCUCAAUGUAUUGUGUCCGUAAUGAAACAUACGCUGUAAAAUGUUUGUUAAAACCACAGUAUUUUCAAUAGCCAAAACACGUACUGAGUACACACCUUUACGUGUAGCACUGUAGAAAACUUUGACAAAAAGACAACAUAUUGAUAACAAUGUGUUUCCUUUUUUAAAAGUAAUAUGGCAUAUUUAAGUCAUAAUGAGUUUGCUAACUUUAUGUAUGUACUUCUAAGCAUUGCUCUGUACAUUAAAAAUCAUGUGCAUGUUUUACGAAUACAUAAUUAUUUACAGUAAGAUACAAUAGCCCAAUACAUACUGAGUUUUCACUCGUAUGUAAAAUACGCAUCAUACAAAAGGGUUUAUUCCGGAAAUAAAAUUCAUUUUUAAUAUCAACCUUACAAAGAUUUUAUAGAAAUGCGAAUAAGUACCAUGUAACGUAAUAUUGUAACAACUGCACAACUUUGAUAAGUCUGCAGGAAAAAAACACACGUGAAUGCAUGGUAAGAAAUAAAAAUGGGUCAUUAUUUCCGGAUGACUCCGAUGUAUUCAUAUAUAUAUAAAUUGUCAGUUAAGAUUAUCAAUAGCCCAAAUGCAUAUAUGGAGUACAAUGCUCGUAAUAUGCAAUUUUAAUGUAUUUGUAUAUUUAAGCCUAAAUAUACAUUUAUACUUGAAAAGCACUAGCCUACAUAUAUCAAGUUAGUGCUUAAGUUAUAACAAGAUCUUCUUUAACAGUUUGAAAUAUAAUUACAUAAGUAUGCAUUGUUUGUUUGAUUUUUUCACUGAAUGGAUUAUGUAAAAUUGGUGUUCUGUCAAACUGGUCCUUUUUAAAUAUUUCCUGUUGAUAUACAUAGAGUUGGAUUACUUGUUAUGUAACAAAAUAAAAUAGUCUGGUGUCUCAACGACACAUUUCAAGUUUGCUGGCCUACAGAUACGUACACCGUACUUCAUACAAAACAUAAAUACAGAAAUGCUGCCGGUGUAUUCAUUUGUUCGUUAUUCCUUUCAACGUUUAACUAGUUGUAACAAUUGUUUUGAGAAAUAUCGUAUUAUUGUGUAAGAAUAAUUGAUUAUUAUGAUCUUACAUAGAAAUAUUAUCAUGCUAACUGAAGUGUGUCAGACAUAAUAUUAUGAUUUGCAGUUAGCCACGUAGUAACACUGACAGAAAUGCUCUGUUCCCGUAUACUUGCCUGUCUCUGAGCAUUUAACAUGCAACAGUGUUCCCCUCAAACAACUUAAAAUUUUGCAUUUUGAAAUUUAUUAUAACAAUAGUACAGUACUUUAAUUUCAAACAUAGGCCUAAUUAUUUAUAAAAUAAUUAAUAUUUGCCGCAUUAAUUUUAAAACUUGAAGUAAUAAAAAAAUCAUGUUGCAACGUGUAAACAUUUUCUUAAAUAAUUUCAUUGUAAGUAUUGUGGCUUCACAUAAUGUAAUUAUAAGGUGUUACUUUUAUUGCCCACGUAAAACACGUGCGUAAAUUUGCCUCGACUUUUAGCUGAAGGAACUGGCAGAAUAGAGUUAAGUGGCACACUGUUUUGAAUAUUGAAAAGUUUGUAGAAAUUAGAUCAAUGUUUCUGGGAAUUUUAUUCUUAAAAAAAACCGUAUUAUAGCCAGAAAAUUAUAAAACAAAGUUGUAUAUUUUUACUGACAGACAAAAAUUCGAAAAUUUUGUACUUCUUGUACUGUCUGACGUACAUGUGUUAUGCCUUGGAAAGCUUUGUGUCGGUAAUAAAAUCGCAGAAGCAACAGUUCUGUUUCACGAUAGUAUUCGUCGUACGACAGGCCUUAUGCUUUGCACUGUCGGUCAAAGAAUAACGAGAACUGAAAUUCAGCCCACGAAUAUUUCCGUCUCUUGACGAUGGAGCUUUUUUUUAUUACUGCGUGUUCGUAAGCUCGUUCCACUGAUUUUUUACAGCAGAAAACUGUUAAAAAUUAUGUUGGUGAUUCAUUCUCACGUCUGUUUAGCGUUCUCGACCUUCCCUCGGGCAAAGCGUCUAUCAUUUCACUUACACCGUCACUUUGCGUCCUCGUAGUGGACAGCAAAGGGUCAAACUGGACAACUCUUUUAAUAUAAUCCCCCUUGCAUCGUGACGACUAGGCGCCUCAGAUCAGAGUACAGAUUUGAAAAUAUUCUGCUUAAAUGCUUGUUUUGAAAAUGUUUAUAAAAUUUAUUUGCUAGUCUAAAUAAAAAUAUUUUUUUCACCCUUUUAAGUAGCCGUUUCAAUAAUCACAAGGAAGUGCCACUCUUCUCGUAUUCUGUUCAAUACUUCAUGACACAAAUAAAAUUUAAUUUAGUAUUUGUAACUGUAAGGAAUGAGACGAAACUUUUAAGUAAAUUUCCUUCAUGCAGGCUGCAUUUAUUUGUUAAGUAAUUCAAGAUAGCACAAUUAUACAUUCUAGGGUCAUAAAUACUCUCUGCUUUCAAACUCGAGUAUUUUUUUUUUCAGUUUAAAACCGGAGAAAUAAUUAUAUAUAAGUAUUUGUAUCAGAAUUUUAACAGUCAGUACAAUCGUGAAAAGUUAAUAAAUAUGACUCAUUUCAUUUGGUUUUAAUUGUGUAAUAUUUUUAAAAUAAUAAUGAACGUUUAUAGCAUAACUAUUCUAAUAUCACACUAAACAAUAUAAAAAUUUGCAAAAUGAAUAAUUGAUUUAUGCAAUUACUAAAGCGUCAAUUACUAACCAAUACGUUUUUUUAUUUAUUUUUCACCUUCUAGAAAAUAAUUGACUCACGCUUUAUCCAGUUUCAUUCAAAUUCUUUAAGGAUUGAGUUUAUAACAGUAGCUUUUAAUAACAAAAAAUUAUACUUUUCCUUUCACAUAUCUGUAACUAUUUGUGAUUUGUAGCUUAAGAUCAUUUUUACAAGAUGGGGAACUACGAAAUUUAAUGCGAUUACUUUUUAUUUCCGCGUACUUAACCAUCCUUGAGUGGAUUAAUGUCCAUCAUUCCAUUUUAGCUUCCAGUGGUCGUUAUGACGGAAGAUUAUCUUCCUCUGUCAAUGCUAACCAACCUUCCUGUAUUUGCUCCACAUUCUUAAUACUUAAUUCACGUGGUCUUCCUUGCAGUCAUAUGCCACAUACUUUAAAGCUCAAUAUUCUGCCCCAAAUGCUUAUAUUUUCCGUCCUAGCAAAAUGCUCAGGCACAUAAAUGAUCUAUUUUCCGCCUCAUUUCAUGUGCACCUCUGUUUCGUUAUUUUAUUUACGGAGACAAACAAAAAAUUUUAAUUUUUAUAUACUCGUUAUCACACUCCAAAAAAUAGUAAUAUACUACUAACACCAACUAAUAUAUUUGCUAACAAAAAUAUGCACAGUAGAAAACCUCACAAUAGAUGUCAACAAAAAAUAUAUAUAAAAAAUUUAAAAAAUUAAUUGCCCUAACAAGUUAAUUAAAUUACUAAAAUUGUAAUAACCUACAAACAACUACAAACAAACUGUUAAGGCCAAAUUUUUACAAUCAAUGUGUACUGCAGCAUUUACAACAUUUUUUUAGCUGAAAACAUUUUCAAGUAAUAAGAAGUGAAUUUAUUCGAAGUUUGGAAGCAGAAGUUUCUAUCGUAUUUAUAUCUUUGAAUGUAUCCUUUUAAUUAGUGUAAGUUCGUGUUUCAAUCAGCAAUGAAAUAUUUUUAUUUCCCACUAUUGCUUUAGUGUAUCAUAAGCUAAUAUCCUAGUGUUAGUUUACAGAAUGUUUGUAGUGAAAUAGUUUUCAAUUAUUAUGAUAAGCAAUCCAGUUGUCUAUCAAACUACAGUAAUUACAUCAUAAAAUCAUACCAUACAGUUUUCCUCCGAGAAUGCAUUACAUAUGCUGUUAGUUGAUGCGAUAUAAAUGGUUGUUCAACGUUACUUAGGAUACCGUCAUUCAAUAGUUAUACCGUACCAUAUGAUGCAUUUCAAAACAGUCAAUAUUACCAUUCUUAUUGAAUUUUUCCCAUUGUUAUCAUUAUGUCAUUACAAUGUUCUUUGUUUUUGUAACAGCGUUUUUGUAUUUUAUAUUUAAAGGACGUUUAAUGCAAGUUUUAUCAUCAUUAUCAAUAUUUUAAUUUUUAUUGUACAAAACAUAUAAUAUUAAUUGUUUCUGCUUGUUAACAUUUACUGUUAUUAACAAUGCCAUUAUUCCACGUAAACUUGUUCAAUGUUUUGUUUGAGUGACGCCAUAAUGAUUGGAUAAUAUGUACAUACAAAUUCAUAGUUAAGUGAAACUAUUUAUUUUUAGUAAAAUAUGUGUACCAGUUGUAUUUAAGCUCUGUUUAAUUACUUUCAAAUAAUCUAUAAUACACAUAAAAUUAUUUUAUAACGUUAUUUUAGCUCUUUUAUUAUUUUUUCACAAUAUUUUCCCAUAAAAUGAAAAAAAAAUUGAAUCAGCGAACUGAUUUGUAUAUUAUAAUAUAUUUAAAUGAAUUUUGUAUAUCGUAAAGUAAAUAUACUUAACCAUAUUUUGGUAUUGAUAUGUAAAUUUAUGUACAGUUACAGGAACUUCUCUUAUUUCACUUCUAAAUUUAUUUUUUAGAAAAUUGAAGUUCUACAUUAAAUGCCAACUAUUUUUUUUACAUUCGUUUAGCUGACAUCAGUAGUAAAAUGUAUACACAUGCCUUCACUCAAUGUAUGAAUAUCUGUCCAGGUAUCUUGAUUGUUAAUUGGCACCGACUUUAGUCCCCUAAAACCGAGCUUUUGGAAUACAAUCAGUGAAGUAUAAUAUCCUAGCCACACCAAUUGCCAUCAAUGCAUUCAGGACCUUAAAUACAUUCAGUAAAUACCUUCAAUACCUUUGCAGACCAUCAAAACUCUCAGCAUUCAAUGUCUUAUUUCCGUCAUGAAAUGUUGACCUCGUUACAUGGCAUGUCAAAUAUUUAACCAGACACUCAUUUUCUUCAUUUUCUUAGAACAUCGUUAUAAAUAUCAAAUUAUAUCUUGGAAGAAACACGAACUGUUAAGUUAGUGGAUUCAAUUGGAAAUGAUCCUGAAAAAAAGUAUUCGAAAGGUCGUAUAAGUUAUAUCUCAUAAAAGCAUUUUCUUAAUGUAAUAUGCGUGAAUUGGUGAAGCACCUGAGAAGAGUCUAAAUGGUAAAUAUUUACAUACAAUGUGUUCAGUUUUAAUUGAAUAUAAUCAAAUUUUGAGGUGUUUUAAUACUUAUAAUGCUGUUGACUAAAUGAGCUAUUGUGAAUUGAAAGAAAAAUAUAAAUAACAAAUAAAAAUUGACUAACAAAACACAAUCCUAAUAUUUUGUUUAACAAUAUAGGUACCUGAUUUAAAUUUUGUUGUUUAGUUUUAAUGUUUGUUUUACAUUACUUAUGGUACUAUUUUGCUACUGAUAAAUUUAGUCGUACAAUUUUUUUCAUUAACUCAUAUUACAAGAUAAAUUUUUAUAUCCAAUCAUUAAGCGUUACACUUCAUACAUGUAUAUAGUUUUAAAACUUUAUACGAGUUUAGUUCCUAUGUUAAUUUCUGUACAAUUAAUAAGUUUGCUUUGUGUUGGUUUCCUAAGUUUAAGAAUACAUUAUUCUCGAACUCUUUUCUAAUAAACUAAGAUUUUGGUUCAUAGAUCAACAAACAACUAUGUAAAAGUUUGUAUGUUUGUGCCGAUUUGGAUGUAUGUGUGAGUGGUAACUGUGACAAAAUUUUAUGUUCAUUCAGAAGUGAUAAAAUAUAUGCAUUAAACAUGCACACGAUGUAUAACAAAAUAAACAUCAAUGAAUAUUUAGUUUGAUUUUGAAGUGUAACUGACAUAAUUGUUUAGCUCACUUCAGAAAACAUUAUGUGAUCAAACUAUCUUUUUGUGAAACUGUACAGAUAUUCUUGAUAAACACACAAAAUGAUGAAUUUACUUACAUGGAUGAUUUUAGGGUGAAUAUAUAAGAAAUUAUAACAUUAUUUGUAGUGUUUUCAAGAAUAGUACUCAAAUACAGGCAAAAAAAAACAAUUAAUGUAAACAUUUCAUUGCUUUGAACUCAGAUGUUUUGUUUGUACUGAAAUAUUUUUGGAACACUUAUUUUCAUACUAUUCUGAUGGAGUGUUUUGUUUAAAAAUUAAAAAUCCAAUAUUCAAAUCAAACUCUUUAUAAGGAUAACUUUCAAAAAUCUUCAGGUCAUAUUUUUACCUUUAGAACAAAUAAGUCACUGAACUUAUUAUUUUGGUUCACCAAAUGUGCCACAUUGAGUCCUCGAAAUAAAGUCUUAUAAAUCAUAGGCCUAAGAUAACAUGUACUGUUGCAUAUAAACUCAAGCUCCAGCAACAGUUUCCUAAAUAAUAAUUUUCAAAUGUAGUUUACUUUUGAAAUUUAUUUUUCAAAGAUCAUUACAGAAGUAAUGUUUUAGUGUUUAGGGUGAAUAGUUUAACAAAUCCUGUACUAACUCGCAAUGCACGUGCAAGUUUUGUGGCAUGCUCACAUACAUUAUGUAACUUUUUAUAUGAGCAUAACCAGCGUUCACAUCUAUGGGCAAUAAGAUUAUACUUCCUGGAAAGUAGGUAUUUAUUGAAUAAAUAUAUUUGUUUCAUUGCUUUAAUACAUAGUUGUCAACAAUUAGUACGUUUUCAGUAAGUUCAGCUGUUAGAUACGCCGUAAUAGGUUCAACUAUAGCUGUUUGAAAAGUUUUCUGUACAAAACUUGCAAUAUCUUACAAUUAUGUAAUAUGUAAACAUAAGGUUUUCGGGCUGGGUUUGUGCAAUGAUAAUUUUGUUUGAAAUACAUAGGUCCUACAGCACACAAGGUUAACGCAGUUAACCAUUUUGUUGUUUAAUAUCAUUUAUGAAAGAAAUAAAUGUAUUAUAAAAAAACUUAAUUGUGCAAAACUUUGCAUGAAUUUGUUUUAUCACAACUAAUAUUUCGUUCUAUGUUAGUUUUGAAAGGUUGUUCUUCAUGUUAAGUUUUGCGUUUUUUCUUAUGGAAUGCAAUAGGUUAUGAUAUAUGCUUCUGACGAGUCAUUUACUGCACCACUGGUUAUAGUGCAAAGUUAUAAAUAAAUGUGUUUGUUACUAAAAUGUGGAAAAAAUAAAAGUAUACCAGUAGGUAAGUCAAUAUGUUGUCAACAAUAAGUUUUUAAGGAAGCUCUUACAUAAAAUUAGGUGCACUAAAAAAACACGAAAAUUUGUAAGCAUUUCGUUUUCAGUUAACUUCUUAUAUCCAAAAAGUAUGCAUUCAUUUUUCAUUUCUCUUAUUAUUAAGACGUAUUUUUCACACUAAUUUAAAAUUUAUUGUCAAAAAAAAUCAUUAAAAUAUACCUACUUUCAAUUCACGAUGCUAGAAAAACCGUCCAUUCUCUGUAACUGUGCUAGAAAUUCCACUUUAUUUUCCUUUGUUUCGUGUGAGUAAAAUGAAAUUCAGUUUUAAAUUAAAACAAAAUUCAGAACACUGGACAAGUCAAAAACACGUGAUAGGUUGUAUAUUGAAAGUACGCCAUUUAAGUGAUCAAUGCCUAAUAAGAAUCACGAUGGUGUUUCCAAUUUUAACUCUCAAUAAUAAAUAAAAAUAGAGUAUCAAGUUACUGUAAAUUUUAAUAGAAAUCACACAUUGUAUCCAACAAAAAAUUUUCCAUGAGAACUUAGUACGAAAAACUUCAAAUGUGUUCAAAUGAAAUAAAACAAAACACUCCUUUUUAUUAAAAAAAAGCGUUGUUUCCUUUGAUGUAAUAUUUCUGUACUCAAAAAAAUUGUUAUAUGAGGAAAGUCAUAGAUUUGAAUCACUUACAUAGAACAAUUUUUUAAAAAUGUGUUGUGUAUAAAAAUAAACAUGCCUUGUGUGAAGCAGGAAUGAAGAUAAGAAAAUAAAAAAUAACAUAAACAUGUAACUACGUAUGUGUAAAAAUACAAUCUUGAAUAAUGUUAGAGAUAAAAUACAAACAGCUGGGAUUUUUUAAGAUAAAUUUCAAAUGAGGUUCCUAUUAGCAUUCUUAUUUUGGAUGAAAGCAUAUAUUAAAUAAGUGAAAUGUCAUGUGUUAGUGUUGGAUAUGAGUGAGUCACAUACAGUAUAUGUUGGAAAAUAUGUGUCAUUAUACAAAUUAAAAUGCAACAACAAA